AUGGCGAGGCUGCGGGAUUGCCUCCCCCGCCUGAUGGUCACGAUCCGGUCCCUGCUCUUCUGGUCCCUGGUCUACUGCUACUGCGGGCUCUGCGCUUCCGUCUACCUGCUCAAACUUUUGUGGAGCAUCGGCAAGGGACCCACGCAGACCUUCCGGAGGGUCGCCCGGGAACACCCUCCAGCGUGCUUGAACGACCCCUCUUUGGGUACCCACUGCUACGUGCGGAUCAAGGAUUCGGGGUUAAGAUUUCAUUAUGUUGCCGCUGGAGAAAGAGGCAAACCACUUAUGCUGCUGCUUCAUGGAUUUCCAGAAUUCUGGUAUUCUUGGCGUCACCAACUAAGGGAAUUUAAAAGUGAAUAUAGAGUUGUAGCGUUGGACUUGAGAGGCUAUGGAGAAACAGAUGCUCCCAUUCACCGAGAGAACUAUAAAUUGGACUGUCUAAUUACAGAUAUAAAGGAUAUUUUAGACUCUUUAGGGUAUAGCAAAUGUGUUCUGAUUGGCCAUGACUGGGGAGGCAUGAUUGCUUGGCUAAUUGCCAUCUGUUAUCCUGAAAUGGUGAUGAAGCUUAUUGUUAUUAACUUCCCUCAUCCAAAUGUAUUUACAGAAUAUAUUUUACGACACCCUGCCCAGCUGUUCAAAUCCAGCUAUUAUUAUUUCUUCCAAAUACCAUGGUUCCCAGAAUUUAUGUUUUCCAUAAAUGAUUUCAAGGCUUUGAAACAUCUGUUUACUAGUCACAGCACUGGCAUUGGAAGGAAAGGAUGUCGAUUAACAGCAGAAGAUCUUGAAGCUUAUAUUUAUGUUUUUUCUCAGCCUGGAGCAUUAAGUGGUCCAAUUAACCAUUACCGAAAUAUCUUCAGCUGCCUGCCUCUCAAACAUCACAUGGUGAUCACUCCAACACUACUACUGUGGGGAGAGAAAGACGCAUUUAUGGAGGCUGAGAUGGCUGAAGGCACAAAGAUUUACGUUAAGAACUAUUUCAGGCUAACUAUUUUGUCAGAAGCCAGUCACGGGCUCCAGCAAGAACAACCUGACAUAGUGAACAAAUUGAUAUGGACAUUUCUAAAAGAAGAAACAAGGCGAAAAGACUGGCUUUUUCUGUGA